CUAAAUACAAAGACGAAAUAAAAUUUUACAGUGGAAAACCCAAUCUUUUACUGUUGCGGAUAAUAAUUAUUGUUGUUUUGGAGCUCUAAUCAAGGCUUAUUUAUAGUGUGUUAGUAUAAAAACAAUUAAUUGAUUUUGCGACGAUUACUAUUAAUCUUUAUACAUGAAGCUCAACUAGAUCAUCUUUAGAAUAAUUACAUAAAGCAAAGCAAAAUAAAUUCAAAGCAAUAAUUUUCGUUGUUAUUAAAUACUAAUAAUAUGUAAUAAUAAAAAUGCUACGGGUCGUCUAUUUUAAACAUCGAUAAGCAAUUGUAACGAAAGAAGUAAACAUAACAAACGAAUGAUAAUAAAAACGAUAAGACAGCUGAGCCAGUUCGCCAGUCAGUAAAUAGAAAAUUUAGUGUGUCCUGAUUAGAAAAUUGAAAAAAAGAGGCUACACAAUCACACACAGUAAAAUCAAUAGUAUAAUAUCAUCUGUCUGUUUCAACUUCAAAUCUGUCUGCCUGUUAUAUUUGUUUGUUUUAUUUAUACACGCAUUGAGAUAAAUAUUAUUGUAUAGCUCUGCUCUCAACGCCCUCCAAUCAUUGUUAAAGUUUAAGUUACAAUUUACCCGCUUAUAUUCGAAUCAACUCAGUUUUAAAGUACACAAACAAAGGAAAAGAAAUUGUUUAACACACAGCCAUAAUAACUACUGCUGUACCGAUAACACCACGACAGAAGUCAUCACAUUUUUAAAACAGUUACAAUUGAAAUUUCAGCGAAUAAACAAGCUCCAGCUCUCACUCUCGCCAGAACUUUGACAGACUAGGACAAUAUGAGCGACGAUAAUUUGCCUAUAGUCGAAAAUGAACAUCAACCAGCAGCUACCCGCCGUGGACCACCCGAUAAUGAAUUAGAUCCCCAGCCAACGGGAUGUGGUGCAUCCGCUUGCUGUAAUCCCUCCAGUGGAUUUCAUCGUUUUCUUGCUUUAAUAUUUAUGUGUCUUUUGGGUUUUGGUUCCUACUUUUGUUACGACAAUCCCGGCGCCUUGCAAGAAGUCUUCAAACAUGAUUUAAACAUCACAACCACCGAAUUUACUCUCAUAUAUUCAAUUUAUUCUUGGCCCAAUGUCGUUCUUUGUUUUGUGGGAGGUUUUCUAAUCGAUCGUGUUUUCGGCAUACGUCUGGGUACCAUUAUCUACUUGUUCAUACUGUUGAUUGGUCAAUUACUUUUUGCAACGGGAGGUAUAUUAGGCACUUUUUGGAUAAUGAUUGUGGGACGUUUUAUAUUCGGUAUUGGAGCUGAAUCAUUGGCAGUGGCACAGAACAAUUAUGCCGUUUUGUGGUUUAAGGGUAAAGAAUUGAAUAUGGUGUUUGGUUUGCAAUUGUCGGUGGCUCGAUUUGGUAGUACGGUUAAUUUUUGGGUAAUGCAGCCGAUCUAUAAUUAUGUUUCGAAAUAUUAUCCUGAUCAUCGGGCUCUUGGUGUGGUAUUGCUGCUGGCAGCCGGUACUUGUGUGAUGUCAUUAAUAUGUGCCCUUAUAUUGGGGUGGAUGGAUAAAAGAGCUGAACGCAUUUUACAGCGUAAUAACAAUCCUUCAGGUGAAAUUGCCAAACUAAGUGAUAUUACCACUUUUAAGGUUACUUUUUGGAUGGUGUCUGUUAUUUGUGUAGCAUAUUAUGUAGCCAUAUUCCCCUUUAUUGCAUUGGGCAAAUCUUUUUUCAUGGACAAAUUCCACUUUACACCAGAUGAAGCUAACAAUGUUAACUCUAUUGUUUAUCUUAUUUCUGCUGUAGCUUCUCCCCUGUUCGGCUUUAUUAUUGAUAAGACAGGUCGUAAUGUUACAUGGAUUUUUGCUGCUACCUUGUCGACUAUAGGGGCUCACACCAUCUUGGCAUUUACCAUGCUGAAUCCCUAUGUUGGUAUGGUUUUAAUGGGUCUAUCCUACUCUAUGUUAGCAGCCAGUCUUUGGCCUUUGGUAGCUUUAAUUAUACCCGAAUAUCAAUUGGGCACUGCUUAUGGAUUCUGUCAAUCUGUGCAAAAUCUUGGUUUAGCUGUCAUUACAAUUUUGGCUGGCAUGAUCGUUGAUCAUAGUAAUGGUGAUCACACCUAUGUGGAAUUAUUCUUCUUAGGCUGGUUAACAGUUGCUUUGAUAUCCACUUGUGUAAUAUUAGUAUAUGAUCGCAAAACCAGAGGAAACUUAAAUAUGUCACCAACUCAACGUACCGAGUACAAUAAUGCAAUUGCUGCGGCUAGAUUGCUGAGUGCAGGUGAUGGUGUAAAUAAUGAUGAAUAUGCCAGCGAUCAGGAGCCAUUGCUAAAUAAUUAAACAAAUACAAUUAACACGAACUCUCAUUUGUGCUAACACUAAUGUAAAUUUGAUUUAUGAAAACAACUACCACCACAACCAACAAAAUGAAUAUUGAAAAAAAGAAAAAAACUAAAA